UGAUACAAAGAACCAUUUUGUCCUAUAACCGGAAAUGCGUAAGAAUAAAUUUGGCUUAGCAUCGAUUGUUUGAAAAUGGCGGCGAUCAGAGGCGAUGGAGAGCAAACUUUUAUGUUUGAAAUACUAGUUGUAUGAAAAUUAUGUGAGGGAUAUUUUACCGAAAAUGUUUUAAAGAAUUGAUGUUCUUCUGUCAUGCAUUUGGGGUGAAGCAAAGGAAUGGCAGCGCCGGAGACGCCCAGGCUUCUGGACAGUCCGUCGGACAUUCGUAAGGAGAUUGACAGGAAGCUGGUGGACGAUGGUCUCAGUGCGCAGUGUCCCGAGGAGGAGAAGCUGCUGUAUGUCUGGAGGCUGUAUCAACACACAGAGACGGACCUGCAGCGAGCCAUUGAAAAUGAAGAGAAACUCAAACUGGCUCAGACAGCAGAGAUGCAGGAGGUGGAAAACUACGUCGAGCACAUCCGACAUCUGUCAGACGAGCGAGAGGCACUCAUACAAGAACUUGAGACCGAGAAUGAUCAGCUCAAACAGGAAAUAGACUCGCUCAAACAGGACCAGAAUGCUGCAGCACUGAGGGAUGAGACAGCUGAGAUGCUCAUACAGCAGGGCCUUGAGGAGAUUGCCAGCGUCUCCACCAGUGAACAGAUCGCCUUCCUGCUUGUUGAGCGGGCUCGGCUUCUGGAUGAGCUGGAGGCUGAGCAGAACAGGACCAUGACCCCAUCUGUGACCCCUGCCCUGACUGACACAACCUGCCCCCAGACCCCUGGACUGAGCACCCCCGGGUUAAACACGCCUGGCCCGUCAGAAGACGGGAGGAUGUCGGCUGUCGAGUUUGAGCAGACUCUGGAGAGAGAGCGCACUCAAUUUGAGGAGGAACUCAGUCAUUCACGCGAGAGUAUCAAAAAACUGAAAGAGAGGCUAAAGAGGGAACAUGAGGAGGAAAUCAACGCCCUGAUGGAGGAAAACAACAAACUUGAGGAUGAUUACGAGGAGGCAAAGGCCAAGAUGGAGGAACUAGAAAAAGAAGUGAAAAAAUUACGUGAAGAUCUUCAGACAUUACAGAAAGAGAAAGAGCAGAAAGAAAAGUCAGACUCAGAUUCGCGGUCCUCUACCCCUGCCAAUGUCUUCAGCGGACGUCCCCCGAGCCCCGCCCGCUCACCAAAUGACCUUGCCAUCCGCAACAUCAUCCAAGAAAAGACCAAGAUAGAAAGUGAGCUUGUACAGAUCAAAUCACAGAGCCGGACGGUACAGAAUGAAAAUACGGAGCUCAAAACUAAGGUGACCUCACUGACAGAAGAAGUACAGGAGUUACAGAUUUCUGUUCAGCAGUUACAGAUGAAGAACAAAAGUCUGAGAUCAGAACUGGAGGAGGCCGAGAACCAGUUAGAAGAGGCUGAGACUGCCAGUGAGGAAGUCAUGAAAGACAGGGAUGAGAUGAAGUUACGGCUGGGAAGUUUGGAAAAGGAAGUCAAAACUUUACGAGCUGAGGCUCAAAAAACUCACUCAUUGCAGGACUCGGUGCGAAUUCUUAGCCAGGAAAAGUGUGAUUUAACCAAUGAACUCGAUACUAUAAAACGUGAGCUUGAUGAAGCACAGACUGAAAAAGAGAGAUUAGCCAAUCAAAAGUUAGCUCUCAGUAAGGAAGAGAUUCGGUUAACGGAGGAGAACCAAACUCUGAAGUCGGAGCUGGAAACAUUAAAGUGUUCACAAGAGGAAUUACAGGAGCAGAAAACCGAGUUAAACCGGACAUUAACGUUACUCGAUAAAACAAACUCAGAAUUAGAAACUCUCAGAUCAGAGAAGUUUGAGUUAACGUGUCGAUCCGAAAAAUUAACAAAGGAAAAUAAAGACUUGUUAAAUCAAGUGGAAAGUCUUCAGGGAGAUUUGGAGCGGUUACAGAUGGAUGGGCAAGAGCUGUCUAAACAACAGAUCAUUGUUGGUCACAUGCGAGACCAGAUUCAGAAAUUAACCAAAGAAGUUAGUGAUUUGAAAGAAAGCCUACAGGAAAAAGAAAAAGCUGAAAAGGAUCUCACAAAAACUAUUGAAGCACAAGAGGCAGAAAUCAGUAGGUUAAAAAGUGACACUGACAAUCUAAAACAUGUUCAUGAAAAAGAAAAAGCAGACAUUCAGGAGGAACACAAUAAUGAGAUAGAGGAUCUAAAAAUGAAACUACAGCUAACCUUCCAAGAACUGUCCCGGUCAAAACAGAUGCUGGACGACGAACGAAGUCAGUGCUCGGAGGUCGAGGUCAAAGCUCGCGACCUUGAGGUGCUCUUAGAAGAAAUGCAAAAAACUAAUAGUGCUUACGAGAAAAAAUUAGAUGAAGUGUCUCAUUUAGAACAGAGAGUGAAAGAUUUAGAAAAAUUAGUGUCUGAGAAAUGUGACAUUGAGGACCAGUUGGAGGACAAGAAUCGUGAGAUCUCGGAACUAGAGCAAGAAAUUGAGGAGUUUGAGAGCAUUAAGUUAGAGCUUGAGGACACGCACGAAAGUCUGGACAAAGAGAAGGUCAUCAGGGCCAAGCUGGAGGCCACUGUCCAAGAUCUAGAACAGAUACUGGACGACCAGCGGACAGAUCACGAGAAUAUCCAACGGCAGUUCACAAAUAAGGACAUAGCAGUUAGAAUUAAAGAAAAGGUACAGUCUCUGGAGAGUCAGGUACGAGGUCUGCAGGACGAUCUGUUUGCUGCUCAGGAGGAACUGCAGGUUACCAUGGAGAAACACGAGCAGGAACUUGAGGAAGCCAGGGCAGCACAUGUAGAAAUUCAGGAGAGGAUCGAAGCAGAAAAACAGAAGCAUGUUUUACAGUCGAGUCCAGAAGUUCAGGGGGCUGACCAGAGAAUAGAGGCUCAAAAAAUAGAGAAUCUAGAGAAGCAGAUAGAAACCAUGAAAACACGUUUGUCCGAGACUCAGGGUCAACUUGACAAGGUCACACAGGAGAAGUUCACCUCAGAGAAAGAAAUCAAGAUCCUCCGCGAUUCACUGAAGCAGAAAGAGGGGGACAUGAAGGAGCUGGAGGCACUGAGGCUGGAACUCAGUCAGGCGCGACGUGAGGUGGAACAUUUACAGUUGUCCACGAAGUAUGACAGUGAGGAGAGACAGAAACACGUGGACAGAAUACGGUCACUGGAGGAACUGUCUAAACAGCUAGAGCUGGACAACAGGGAGCUGGCCACCAAGCUUCAGGAGUCGUUACAACAGAUCACCCACAUGGAGGACCAGAUAAAACGAGAGAGGCAGCGGAACACGGACAAUCAAUACAUGAACCACCGCCACGUAGGCCAGAUUGAGGCGGACCUCGACGACGCCACUAAACAGGUCCGACAACUCAAGGACGACCUCCAGAAAAAACAGACGUAUAUCAUGAAGUUAGAGGCCGACACUAUAGGGAACGCUGCUAAGUACGACAGUACGAUUUCCCGGCUGGAGUCUGAGCUGAGCGAGACAAAACAGUUCCAUAAGAAAGAGACAGAAGCCAUGACGGAACGUCUGGAGACAAUGAGUAAAGACAACAAGGAGUUACGCAACCAACUCAGGGGGAGAGAACAGGAAUAUCAGAGUUCCUCUCAGGAUUUAAAUCGUUACAAAGGAACGGCUGAUCGUCUGGAAUCACAAAUCCAGACGGAAAUCAAAAUCCGCACAGACCUGGAGAACAGGAAUGCGGCUCUGGACAAAGAAAUCUCAAAAGAGGAAUUUCCUAACUUACGCGUGUGGAGCCAGGUGAGGUCUCUGAUGGAGAAAAACGCCAGUCUGGAGGCCGCCAAGAGGAGCUUAGAGGACGAACUAGAGAGGAAGAAUUCCAACACUAAAUUUGCUGAGACCACACUAUCCCAGGCUUCAGCCAGCCAUGAAGUUGCGGUCAAAGCGCUACAGUCCAAAGCGGACACAGCAGAGAAAAGGAUGUUCGGGACCCGCGGUAGCUCACAGUUCAGGGAAACGAAAGCUAAGCCUUUUGUGGUUAAAGCUGAGAAGUUACAGCAGGACCUGGAGGGUAUGUCCUUCAAACUGAAGACGGUAGAGCAUCAGCUCAGUCAGGCCGAGGAACUGAAGAACGAGUUACAGGACAAAAAGGAGCAGGUGGCGACGUUACGGAACCAGCUAGAGGCCGAAAAACUACAGAGAACAUUGCUGGAUCAAACUGUAGCAGAAUUAAAACACCAAGUAUCACUACUGAAGUCACGAGAAUCCAAAGUCAUGGACCAGAAUCGUGAGUUACAGCACACAAUGAUCGACAUGGAAACCAAGCUGGAUGACAUGCAUGAGAGAAAUCAGACUGCCUUAGAUAUGGACUCGGAGAGCUGGGAGGAGAACGGUGUUGAGCAAAAGCAUUACACAGAGGUUGGUAAGCGAGGAUUGCUGGACCAGAUUCACAAGCUACAGAAAGAGGUCAAGGACCUACAGUAUGAACUUCUGACAGUCAACGAACGACGAGAAAUACAGGAACGGAAGUACGAGGACCGCAAAAUGAAGACCAAGGUCAAACUAAUGAGAGCUAGGACAUUUAACGUGGGGCCGGGCGGGUCAGAACAGGAGUGUGUUAUAGAGUUUUAUUCUAAAGAGCGGACUCGCAUGCAGGAACAACUGAGACAGUACGACGAUGACCUGAGACUGACUCGCUCGACGCUCAGGAAAGAGAUGGACUGGAAAGAAAAGAUGGAGAAGAAUUACCAGACAGUGAACCGAGAAAAACGUGAAUAUCUCACUCAGCUGUCGGAUAUGGAGGAGGCCGUCCGCGAGAAGACUCGUAUGGUCUCCAUGUUACAGGUCCGCACCAAAUUCCUGGAGGAAGAGAAUUCCCGAUUACAGGAUCGUAUCGACUCCAUCACCAAACAGAAGCAGGGCUUAGAUAAACUCGUCAAGGAAUACAAACUCACCGGCAAGGACAGGGAUGUUCAUUUGUCGCGGCUCAGUCCUGACAGCCGCCCCCACAGUUUGACGGGAGGGACGAGUGGGAUCGGGAAUAGCGUGGACUCGAGCUGGGUCAACGAGCAGGAUCACUACAUCGAUCCCUAUCUGGGUUACCGCAAUACGCAAUCUUCUAAUCUGGUGAUUAGUAACUACCUCAGUCGAAGCUACGAGCCGCACGCUCACACGGUGGAUCUAUAUCGCGGGGAAACAGGGAGUGAGGAAUCUUACAGCAGGGAGUUCGAUACCUGACAUACUGCAUCAACUUAUCAUCAGUGUUGACCAAUCAAAAGCCACUAUUUUAACCAUAAACAUAUCACAUGACUUGAUACAUUCCAUGCCAAACAUUGCUUUAUUCACCACCUGGUGAUGUUAUUGAAUGGGCAGUUUGUGCCAUUCCUUUUACAUUUAUGCAGUAGAAUAAAUAAAACAUGUACUUAUUUAUUUUUUAAAAAUUAUAAUUGUGAUCAAGAACGUGAUAAAUUAUUUAUAUUUAUUGAUUAAUUUAACUUUCAGUUUACUUUUACUGUUAUAGUAUAGAUGAGUACAUUUUUUUUCUCCAUUUUAUUUUAAAUUAUGCAUUUAUUUGAUUUUAAUUGUUGAUAUUUUCAACUGGAUGUCUGAUAUAUGGUAUACAUGUACUUUAUACUUUUUAAUUAUUUUUUUAAAGAUAUUUUCAGUUGAUAACUGAUUUAUUUUAGAUGAAGAUGCAAGUUGUAAUACAUGUAUUAAUUUACAUGAUUCCUCUUUUUAUGUGGUUGUCUCAACAGAUCAUAUAGUCCGUCCAUACUCUACAAUUUUUUUCAAGAAUAUUUUUCAUAAUUUACUAAAAUAUUUUGACUAAGUUGAAGCUACUUUAUUUUUUUCCUCAGUUAUAGACUGUAGUACAAUCAGAAUUCAGCAUUGUGGAACAAGUCUAGGCUGUAUAGUUUGUCCUUUUCUUCUAUAUAAUAUGUAAAAAGUUCAGAAAUCUUUUCACUGGUAAAUUGGUUUUAGUUCUUUAACAAAAUAACUGAAAUAUUUUGAAACUGGUGAAAUGCUUAUUGCUUAAACAUGGUAGUUUACGUUGCACAAUAUUUUUCUUUGUGAAGUAUUUUGUUUCGUUUUCAAAGAAAAAUAAUUUCUACUGUGCAGUACCUGUUGAGAAGAUAAGAGAAUGAAGGGGAAUUAAUUAAUGUCCUUAGAAUGUUACAAUACUUGUGUUAUGGUUUAUUGAAAUUAAAAGGUUAAACAAUGUCCUACUUUAUAUUUUCGACUCUGGUUACCAAGUUAAUUUUUUUUAAUGUAAAGUAUAGUCUAACAUGCAAAUAUUCCCCAAUUUAUUAAUGGAAAGUCAAUUUUUAAAAUAAUAGACUAUUCAGUAUUUUACCUAUGCAUUAGUUUAUCUUAAACCACCUGUUUAAAACCAACAACACAUGUACAGUUUAAUUUAAAUGUUGUCCAAUAAUUUUACACUUAGAGUAGGUUUUAUAUUGUAGUAUCUUUAUAAUGUAGAUCCUUUAGUGGUUAGAAAAAAAGGAAAAUUGUUGUUCUUUUUCUUGCAUUUGUAAGGAAGGGGGCAUAUAAUUUAGCAUGGAGGAGAGAUUGAUAUUUAAUUGUCAUAAACACCUUUUUUUCAAGAGUUUAACUCUCUUAGAAAUUUGUAAACAGAGAUUUAUUAUUUAGAUUUUAUUUUAUCCUGAGUGAGAAGCAGAUUAAGACAUUUUACAUUGAAGGUGUACAACAGUGAUCAGACUGUCUGUGUGUUUAUCUGUAGCUAUCCGUCCUGUAUGUCCAUCAUAAAUAGUGUCUAGUCUAGAAGUAGUCUAUAAACUCACAGCUUUUUAUCUGGUUGUGUGUAGGAGUCAGCCGUUAUGUGGUUAGGCUGUGUGUCACGGCUGUUUGACUCUCUGCUUAGCCUGUGUGUUGGAGCCAUUUUGGUGCCUUGUGAACCAUGCAUUUAGUAUACAUGAAGAACUGAGUGAUACACACUGUAAGAGGAUUUCAUGUCUCAUUAUCAUUAUUAAGAAAAUAAAUUAUAUUUUUAUGUC